AUGCAUUGGCUUCAGCGGCUCUUCCCCCACCCCGUAUCAUUUUAUCAAGGGGUGGCUUUUCCGUUUGCACUUCUGUUUAAUUGUCUCUGCAGUUUGGAUUCCUUUUCUAUUCAUGCCAGGUAUCUCUUCCUCCUCGCAGGAGGAGGCAUCCUGGCUGUGGCUGCUCUGGGCUCCCUCGCCAUGCUUGUCUUCAUCCCUGCCCUGGUCGCUGUCAUUCUGAUCACCUUGCUUGGUCCACGGGAGGUCUACCGGCCCAUGUUCUUCCUGCAGAUGGGCUGGCAGACCGUGUGUCACCUGGGGUUGCACUACACUGAGUAUUACCUGCAGGAACCUCCCUGCUCCAGGUUCUGCAUGACUCUUUCUGCCCUCAUGCUCCUGACCCAGAGAGCCACGUCCCUGUCGCUGGACAUCCGUGAGGGGAGCGUGGAGACGGCGUGGGGCAGCCCGGGAAGCAGGUGCUCUUGGUCUGCGCGCCUGGGCGUGGCGCUGCCCUACUUCAGCUACUUGCUCUGCUUCCCCUCGCUCCUCGGGGGCCCGCUGCGCUCCUUCCAGAGCUUUCGGGCUCUGGUUCAUGGGUCCUGCAGGGGCGGGCGCCUACACUGUUUCUGGCCUCUGGCCCGGAGGAGUGUGCAGAUUCUGGGCCUGCAGAGCCUGCGGGUGGUGCUGGGCGAGGCGGUGCGCGCGCUCGGGGGGCUGGCAGAGUGCCGCGGGGCCCAGUGCGUCUUGGCGGUGUGGUCCACCGCCGGCCUCUUCAAACUCACCUACUACUCCCACUGGCUCCUGGACGAGGGCCUCCUCCAGGCCGCAGGCUUCGCAGCUGACCUUGACCAGAGCCCCGGGGAGGAGGGGUCUGACGCUGACAUCUGGACCCUGGAAACCACCCACAGGCUGUCCCUGUUCGCCAGGACCUGGAACCACAGCACCGCUCGAUGGCUGCGGCGCCUCAUCUUCCAGCGCAGCCGUGCCUGGCCCCUGUGGCGCACGUUCGCCUUCUCCGCCUGGUGGCACGGUCUCCACCCCGGUCAGGUGUUCGGGUUCCUGUACUGGGCGCUGGCGGUGGAAGCCGACUACCGGAUCCACGCCUGGGCGUGGCUCUGCCCGCGCUCCCCGGCCCUGAGGCUGCUCCACAGGGCUCUGGCCUGGCUGCACACGCAGCUCACCGUCGCCUAUAUCCUGCUGGCCGUGGAGGGCAGGAGCUUCUCCUCUCUCUGGCUGCUGUGGAAUUCUUACGGCUGUGUCUUCCCCCUGAUGCACUGCAUUUUGCUCUUGCUGUUAUCAAAGAGAAAACACAAAGGGAACUGACACCUUUUCCAGGCCUUCCUCAUACACAGGCAGGAAGCAGCAGCGUAUGGAAUGUAGCCUGAUGCCAGUUGAGCUUAGCUAUAGCAAAAAGGUAUUUUGUUAUUGUUCCCGUGGUGUAGGGAGAUAACUCAAAGGACUGGAGUAAUGCGGGAAGUGCACCCUCGGCACCUCAUGGAUCCUUGAGCACUACCAGGAGUGAUUCCCAUGCACUGGUAGAAAGCAAAACAAAACAUCUUCCUUCAAACCCAGGUAUGGGAGAUAAUUCAAAGGGGUGGGCAUUGCCUGGCAUGCAGAGGCCCCAGGUUUGAUUCCAGCACCACGUGCUUCCCUGAGCACUCCAGGUUGGCCCUGGCGGCUCCCAGCAUGACUGGGCCUGAGUAGUACUGAGUCUAUUAUUUCCUGGAGAACCCCCAAUGUCUCUGGAGCUCUAUUGGGAGUCCCCCGAAAAACACUUUCCCUCUGGGUAUUGGGAGUAUAUGUCUGAUGACUUGCUAUAGAGCUUUUUCUUAUUUAAAAAAAAAAAUCCAUUUUAACAGAAUAUUAUCCUGGUACUGGAGACUCCCCCUCCAAGAAAAAGAUACCAUUUCCUUCCUUAAUAUACAGUUUAGAUGCAGAAGCAAACUUUAAGUAAAAUAUAAAGAUCUGUGAAUCAAAUGGCAAAUGUGUAUACACAUGUGGGCAUCUCAAAAUUGAGUCUCUAUUUGUCCUAUUCUUGUCUUUGAACCAUACUUGGUAUAGUCUAGCUCUGUGCUUGGGGAUUGCGUCCAGCAGUGCUCAGGGUUCUGUGUGGUAUUAAAUGCACCUGGAGCAUUGCAUGCAAAGCAUAGGCUCUGCCCAUUGAGCUCUCUCCAGAUCUUAACUGGUCACUUGACUUGGAUGUGAGUCCAACCAAGCUAUACCAAAUCCAAACCUAAAUCAUAUUACCAUCCCAGUUUAUUCUGUGAGUGAGAGACUCAUCUAUCUCCACAAAUACUUUGAAAAUUUUGGUCUAAUGUCAGAAAGGCAGAAGCUAUUGUCAGAGAUAUGUCAAUAAACUGAUUAUCCAGCUAAGUAUUGAUAACCACAUCAGUAAAAAAUAGACUCAUGAAAUCUGUCACACAAAGACUAAUUAGCAAGAGUUAAGUACUUUUUAAUACAAGUGUGAAGUUUUCUUUCCU